AUAGACCCCUUGAAAUCAUCUUGUUUUCAGGAAGGCAGUCUCAGUCUAAUUAGACCCUGUCUUUCAGCAAGUCUUCAGCUCCAGUGUGAUAAAAGAGAGAUCACAGCGCAUGUCGGAGGUGAAUUCAUUCUUUUUUGCAAGUAUGACACAAACCGAUUCCUGUUCAGUAAAAAGUACUGGUGCCAAGGGGACUCCAGAGGUACCUGUAAAAUUUUGGCGGAUUCAGAAACUGCUGGCAGAACCACCGACAGGUUUCAUGUAACAGAUGUAGGAAGAAGAGGCCUGUUUGUGAAAGUCUCUCAUCUCCAAUUUGAUGACACUGGAGUGUACUGGGUUGGGAUUGACAAAAUAUAUGCUGACAUCAUGACUUCAGUUAAUGUGGUCAUCACUGAAGUUCCAGUAUCUAAACCCAGACUUUGGCCCUUGAGCUCUCUGGUGGACAAGCCAACAUGUUGGGGUCAGCCAGUGACUGUGCGCUGUGGUUGUACAAAGGGCACUAGCAUUGGUUAUACCUGGUAUCAACGCACUCAGCCCAAGGACUUACUUCUUCAUCUGUCUUCAGACUUGCAGCUACACUGUGGCAAAGUGGAAAAGGACAGUGACUAUUACUGUUCUGCCAGUAAUGACAUAAGCAGUCAGCAGAGUGAUAUCCUCUCUGUGCAGGUUCUGAUGCCUGCAGACAGCGGCUGUAUCUAUGUUGUUCUAAUGCAGGGCCAACCCAUUUAUGACUGUGUGGAAAGAAUGAGCACAACCACAGCCAAGACUCCACCUUGGACUACCUGCCAAGCCACCACGAAAAUCCACACUAACACAAAAAACCAGUCUUUACAAAUCAAUCAAACUCAUCAAGAUCUGUUUCUUAGCAGGGCAUGGACAGGGGUGCCACUCUGGUAUACACUGCUGCGUUGGGGUUCCUUUGUGUCCUUGCUGGUAUUUCUGUGCAUAGUUCAUAAAUGUACAAAAACAAGACAGAAAAAACGUGCCAAGCGGAAGAGGACGGUUCAUUACAAUCAAGUGCCCCAUUUCACUCAGUGACCUGCAUUUUACAGUGGUAGUUCUUUGGAAAUCAUAUCAGACUGUGUAAUAUUUGUUUUAUUGAUUUAUCUUUUAUCAAGGUUCCUAUGUAUCAACUGAUAAUCUGUGAAGUGUCUAGGUCAUAAUGUGUGUAAGCAUGUUUAUCAGUGUGUCUUACUGCAGCAUUUAUCAAUUUAGAUUUCUUUCUCAUGCCACUAUGAAAACAUACGGUUACAAAUCAUCAAAAGCCACUGCUCUUUGAUGCUCUUUAAACAUAAUCUAAUAAUUUCUAAGUUGUUAGGAUGUGAAUUUACUUUUUUAUUUACUUUUAUGUUAAUAUACUUUUAUUAGAUCAAAAUACAGUCAGCCUGAGGGUUUAUUUGCCUUUAUACAGCACAAUAGAAAAUGAGGAAACACAGGCAUGUUUCAGGACUUUUCACAGCGGAAACCAAACCCACAGAUCCUGACCACGAACAACACAGCCCUUAUCUCCUUCAUGCUAUAACCAACUAGGUCUUGAUGAAGCAGAUACAGUGGUGAUUUCUAGCAUGGUUACUUUAUUUUAAUAUUUACAGUGUGUAUAGGGUGAUUUGGGGGACAAGUCCAUGAAGGAAAAUGCGAUGUAAUGUAAAUAAUGUUUCCAUGCUCUUUGUCGUAUUUACUUAGUGAGUGUAAACCAAAUACAAGUACCUCUAGGGUGUGGAAAUUUUAUGACAAAUGAUGCAAGCCUAAGAUAACAGAGACUGUUUCUUCAGAAUACAAAGUAAUGCAAAUAACUCACCCACAAACUGGUAACUUCAAUAAACUAUGAAUCAGCUGUGAGCUGUUUUAUGGAAAGGAAAUAUAUUGUAGUCUUAGUUGCUUUGUAACAGCCCCAGCUCCCAGAGAGCAGAGAUAUUAUCCUUUGGAUAUUUUGUAAUUACAUCAUAUUAUAAAAUUAUAGAAAAAACAUUGAUCAGAACUGAAACCACUUUCAAUAACCGGAACUCAUUCAGCAUUCGGGCGUCUUAGGUCAACAAAUGACUCAAUCUUCUACAGAGGAACAAUGGAAUUUAUAUUCUAGUAACACCACAAAGCCAAAGUUGUCGACUCUGCUUUCAGAUGUCGGCGAUUAGUAUUCUCGAACCACGUAAUUCUCCCUUCACUUUCAGGGGUAGAAGCUGUUGAUCCUUGAUUCAGAAAUAUUCUGAAAUACUCUGUAUCUCAAAAAUGAUC